GCGAACAUCUUGAAUGACUUCAUAAGUUGUUCAUCAUUUGUUCCAUCGCUGACAAAUUAAUUGGACAAAUAAGUUCUCACUAGUGAGUUAGUGCUCUUAUUUUUUAAAGAUAUUGAAGAAAAGUUCUUGAGUGGAAUUUUUGUGAUUGUGCAAAAAAAAAAUUUAAUUUGAAUUUUUUUAUUCUUGUGGAAAUUUUUGAAUAAAAUUAAAAAUCAGUAAUAAUGCGUGAAUGCAUCUCAGUUCAUAUUGGUCAAGCCGGUGUUCAAAUCGGUAAUGCCUGUUGGGAGCUCUACUGUCUCGAACAUGGAAUCCAGCCAGAUGGUCAAAUGCCAUCGGACAAAACAAUCGGAGGUGGAGAUGAUUCAUUCAAUACUUUCUUCUCUGAAACGGGAAGUGGCAAGCAUGUUCCACGUGCUGUUUUUGUUGACUUGGAACCAACUGUCGUUGAUGAGGUCCGUACUGGAACUUAUCGUCAACUUUUCCAUCCUGAACAAUUGAUUACUGGCAAGGAAGAUGCUGCUAAUAAUUAUGCACGUGGACAUUAUACAAUUGGAAAGGAAAUUGUUGAUAUUGUCUUGGAUCGCAUCCGUAAAUUGGCUGAUCAAUGUACUGGAUUGCAAGGAUUCUUGGUUUUCCAUUCAUUCGGUGGUGGAACUGGAUCUGGGUUUACUAGCUUGUUGAUGGAAAGAUUGUCAGUUGAUUAUGGCAAGAAGUCUAAGUUGGAGUUCUCAAUCUAUCCAGCUCCUCAGGUAUCAACAGCCGUUGUCGAACCGUACAACUCAAUCUUAACCACCCAUACAACCCUCGAGCACUCUGAUUGUGCCUUCAUGGUCGACAAUGAAGCUAUCUAUGACAUUUGUCGUCGUAAUUUGGACAUUGAACGUCCAACAUACACAAACUUGAAUCGCCUUAUUGGACAAAUUGUCUCGUCAAUAACUGCAUCUCUUCGUUUUGAUGGUGCCUUAAAUGUUGACUUGACUGAAUUCCAGACAAAUCUUGUGCCUUAUCCACGUAUUCAUUUCCCAUUGGCUACAUAUGCUCCAGUCAUUUCAGCUGAGAAAGCUUAUCAUGAACAAUUGACAGUUGCUGAGAUUACAAAUGCUUGCUUCGAGCCAGCCAAUCAGAUGGUUAAAUGUGAUCCACGUCAUGGUAAAUACAUGGCUUGCUGUAUGUUGUAUCGUGGUGAUGUCGUUCCAAAGGAUGUCAAUGCAGCCAUCGCAACAAUCAAGACAAAACGUUCAAUUCAAUUUGUUGACUGGUGUCCAACUGGUUUCAAGGUCGGUAUCAACUAUCAACCACCAACAGUCGUUCCAGGCGGUGACUUAGCUAAGGUUCAACGUGCUGUAUGCAUGUUGUCUAACACAACAGCCAUUGCUGAAGCUUGGGCUCGUUUAGAUCAUAAAUUUGACUUGAUGUAUGCCAAGCGUGCCUUCGUUCACUGGUAUGUCGGUGAAGGUAUGGAAGAAGGUGAAUUCUCAGAAGCUCGUGAGGAUUUGGCUGCUUUGGAGAAGGAUUACGAGGAAGUUGGUGUUGACUCAACUGAAGAAGUCGGCGAAGGAGAUGAAUAUUAAACUUUUUGAUAACUUUUUUCAAAUUAACACUAAUAUUUAUAGAAACACAGACUAAUUUCACAAAGACAUUGUUGCUUUUUACACUAAACAAUUGAUUGAUGAUGCUUCUUUGAGGGAGUGGGUGGAGAAGUGGGAGUAGAUGUCGAGGUAUAGUUGUCUGAUGGUUCUUGAAGGUUAGGAUUGGAGUAUUUUUCAUUACAAAAUCAGAAUCUAACCUUAAAGUUUGAGAAAAACUGGAAAUUGAAAUAAAAUUUACAUCCAAGAAGAUCAUGACUAUCUGGACCAACUCCUCCUUAAUCGGUUAUAUUAAUCUUCAUGGUUAGUUUGAUAAAAAGUCUAGACUUUCUAUGUUAUCUUUUGAUUUGGAUCAAUUUGAACAUUAAAAUCAUUAGACCAAGAACCAGAAAUGUAUUCUAAACCAAUUUGCCCCCAACACCCCACCUCGACCCCCAAUUUAACAGAAAUAUUUUUUUCAUAACAUUUUGCUUUCUUUAUAAUACCAAAUUUUGGCAUCAAAUGGAGAUUUGUGGAGAUGAGAAAAAGUAAUAAAUUAAUAAAAGAAAUAAGAAAAAUUGCAUUUAAUUAACACACAGAAGAGAAA